AUGGCCACCCCCAACCCCACCCCCACACAUCUUGCAUACCAGCACGACGCCAAACUGCUUACCCUACAAACAACCAUCUACUCGCUCCAGCCCUUCGCAAGCCUGGAACCCGAAAACCAGGCGCUCUUUAAAACAGCCACAGAAAAUGACUCCAUCCUCGUCACCGAAUCCACCAUCUUCCACCCGCAGGGCGGCGGCCAGCCCUCGGACGAGGGCCACAUCCAUCUCCCCACCAGUGACACCCCCAUUAUGACUGUUCUCGCCGCACGCAUGGACGCCGUACACGACGGUGUCGUCCUCCACCUCCUCCGGCCCCUCUCAUCUUCUGCACCACCAUCCCUCCGCCCCGGCGACGCAAUCACCCAGGUCGUCGACGCGGCCAAGCGGCUCCUCUACUCGCGCCUCCACACAGCCGGGCACGUCCUCGGCUCGGCCGUGAACGCGCUGUUGAAAGACAGCAUCCCCGACUUCGCCGAGCUCAAGGCAUCGCACUUCCCGGACAGCGCGGCAUGCCAGUUCCAAGGGGCGAUUGAGGGGACGUGGAAGGAAGCGAUCCAGGGACGUGUGGACGAGUAUGUAAGGUCGGGGAUGCCGGUGGAGAUCGAGUUCUGGGAUGAGGAGGACUUUGCGCGCGCAGGCGUGACACAUCUAGUACCGGACCGGGCGCUGCUGGCGCCAGGCCAGGACAAGUUCCGGGUGGUGCGGAUUGUGGGCGCGGAGGUAUAUCCAUGCGGGGGCACGCAUGUGGAGAGCACGGAUCUGUGCGGGCAGACGACGGUGAAGAAGAUCUCGAGAAGUAAGGGCGUGAGUCGGGUUAGUUAUACGGUGGCGUAG